AUGAUCAGCAUAAGAGACACCAUUACUCCUUCAGACCACGCACGUUACGACAGCUUCAUGAAACAGCAUGCCCAUGGCAACACCAUGUCUUCAUACAACUUGAUCGACGGUACUGUUCAGAUCCGCAUCGUUAGAUCAAAGACUCUCGAGGUAGUCGCAGAAGACCACUUUGCCGACAAUGGCCUCGGCGCGCAAUUCAUCGCCGAAUACAAGGAAGCUGCGGAUGAGAUUAUGAGAAAGAAAGCGAACGUGACUGAGAGGGGCAUUCAUGGUACUCCAGAGCCGGAAGCAAAAGUUGUGGUUUAG